UCCCUCCAUGGUAAGGAAGCCAUCGUGGAGUCGUUUCUGAAGUCAGCGUGUUUCACUAUAACUACAGAACAGUACUGGGGGAGCUACUGCUCCACGCAGAUCCCCCUUUUUUAAAAAAAAAAAAAAACCUUCCGCAUUUUGGAAAUUUCUACUUUCGAUAGCACACACACGCACUGAAAAUAAUGUGUUAAUGUGCUUUAGGCUAUUUCGUGUGUGUGUGCGCUGUUUUUGUGCUCUUUCGGACCGAGCGUCGUAAAGGAUCUCCUAGAAUCUAGUGUCGUCUGCCUGAGCUAAAGUUAAAGCCCUAAAGCAACGGCUAGCAAGGACUAGAUCUAUCGUUUGUUGUUUUCUUAUUAUUGCUGUUUCGCUUUCAAACAGGAUUACUUUGUCGUCUGCUGAACCAAAUGUGGAGCUGGAUUUAAAGGGCUUCCAUAUUUCCUUUAUAGGACAUUCGGUGGUCUAUCCUUAUCAAAUGGAUGAAACUAGGCUAUUCUCAUAGACCAGUACAACACAAUCAGUCGUUCAUAUUUCUUUUCUUUAUACAUCAAAAAGGAAAAAAAAUUCUUUAUAAAAUAUAAAUUAUAGAUCUAAUCUAGGUCUAUGUCUAUAAUUUUAAAGGUUUAUAAACUUAUAUAUCUAGAUCUACUCAUCUACCCAGCUGUUCAUUCGUAUACAGCUCAGGGAGCUCGAUUCUAAAUAAGAUAGAGCUAGAUCUAGUAUCUCUAGUACCUAGAUUCCUCUAGAUCUAAUCUUUAUCUGGAGGUUAUUCGAGUCUUUACUGAUGUUGAUUGUUAAUCUAGAUUCUACAGAUCUACUUUGACGUCUAUCACCCUUGUAGUCUUCUGAUGACAGUCUUUAGAUCCAUCUUCGUGGAUUUUACAUCUACUAGAUCUAGAUCUGUCUAGUUGUUCAUGAUUCUAGAUCUAGGAUUGGUCUAGAUCUAUGCUGUGCGUUAUUGAAGUAACUGCCACAAAGUCAUCUAGAUCUAGACAUUUAUAUUCCUAAUUAAGCCAUAAAAGUAUUCCUUUUUACAAGUACAUUUUGAAACAUCUAGAUCUAGUCUAAAGUUGCCAGGCAUAUCUGCUCGUGUUUCCAAGGAUUCGCCCUUUCCUUCAGUAUUACCAAUUCAAAUCGGAUACUCCAGUUACUGGUCAAGACUGAGCACAGAUCAACAGAAAAAUACUCACUGGAUUUUGUACGAGGUAUCAGGGGAUAUAAGAACCAUCUUUUCUUUGGCUAGUUGGACCAAACGGUCAGAAAACAGGCUACAUUAUGGCCACAGGUGGAGGUGGUGGAGGCUCCAACAGAAGGCAAGGUUUCUGUAAAUGGUUCAAUGUGGCCAAAGGCUGGGGCUUCAUCACACCAGACGAUGGUGGCAUUGAUGUCUUUGUUCACCAGACCACUAUUUUCAAGAAUGGAUUUCGUAGUUUGGCUGAAGGUGAAAGAGUGGAGUUUGAAAGUAAACCGUCCAAUCAGGGCAUGGAGGCAACAUUUGUAUGUGGUAUAGGAGGUCAAGAAUGCAAGGGCAGUGAGAGGAGACCUAUGUCUAGAAAGAAACCCAGAAAAAUUAGAUGUUAUAAUUGUGGGGACUUCGCUAAUCAUAUAGCAGCCAAAUGCCCUCACGGUCCAUUACCAAAGAGGUGCCAUCAAUGCAAAUCUACCGAGCAUUUGAUAGCAGACUGUCCUCUUAAAGACACAUCCUCGCCCCCAGCAGCAUCUACCUCCCUCAUGCAGCGUCGGUCCAGGAACGGUAACAACGGCAGCACUGAGAAUGGCUUCAGUGGUUCAGACUUGGGCGCAAGCGGUUUGCAUCAUGUAUGAUUGAGCUAAACUCCAAAGAGCAAUAACUCAUGCAGUUUUUUUGUACACAUACUCAUUUGUAUUACUUUUUUUUUUCCUACGAGAAUUCUAUCAGUGCAAUUUGACCUCACCUAACAAGGGACAAACGGAAGAACUAAGUAUCCAAAUAUUAUUCCUUUUAAGGAACCAAACGUGACAAUAAGAACAUAACCUUCAUUUUGGGAAAGUCAGAUUGUCGUGUGUCGGUGUGAUUGGGUGGAGCUUAUUGGAACUGAAUGAAUCUUGUUAGAAAUUUUUGAGAAGGAAACAGAAAAACUGGCGGUGUUUAGUUGUUGUUUUUUUUUCUAAUGAUUUUUUUUUUUAUCAUCUUAAAUAACAAAAUUCAAAAAUGUUCUAAAUCCUUUUGGAUGAUCUCACGCAUUUUAUUAAUCGAAGUUGAAGUCUCAAUGUAAUAAUAACAGUAAUAAUAAUAACAACAAUAAUAGCUUUGAACUUUUCAACCAAUGGGACUUUUUUCUUAGUCUUGUUUAGUGGUCUAUGUACUGAAAUGACUAUAAAAAAUAUUUUUUAUUUUAUCAAAUUUUUUUUUUUUACCCAUCUGGAUGUUGAGCCACAACCAGCUAAAUAAGCCAAAGCAAAGAUGAAUUAUUAUUUUUUUUAAACGAGUGUGUUUUGUUUAUGUCGGAAGUUAACAUUGCUUGCAGUUCGAUUAUAUCUUUUUUAUAUAUUCAUAUUGGUCAUAAUUUCUUAUGAUCACAAAUAUAUGUGGUUUAGUGUGUCUUAAAACUUGGCGAGUUUUAUUUUUUGUUUUGCUUGGGUGUAUGCUCAUGUGACAAAGGAAUAAGGUGAAUUAAACAGCGCAUGAAUAUUUAUAUAUAUUUUUUUUUUAAAAACCAAAUAACAGCUGACCUCAUUAUAUGUUCUUACCAGUUCUACCUCAACAUCCCAACUGUGUUGACUCAGUACAGCAUUAAGUCUGUAGACGGUGUGCAUCCCACAUUUUGUCUGGUAAUUUAUAUGACUUAUUGUUUCGUUUAUUUGCGAAAAUAGUAAGGAAUAUUGAACUCUUGUUUAUAUUUUUAUAUUGUUGUCGUUGUUACAUUUUUCUAUUUAACUCAAAAAUUUUUAUUUUUUUUUGUUAUUAAAUUGUGUAUGUAAAAAGAAAGUGUAGUUUCGUUGCUUUUAAGUCAUUAGUAAUUUAGAGAUAUUUAUGUGAACUAGAAGCACAAUUUGUCACUCACUAGGAUUUGAUCUUGGAGUUGAUGAGAUCACAAGCUUGACCCAGUUGAUCUUUUAUGGGCCACUUGUACAAGUGCACUUGAUCGUAGUACACAUGACACAUAUAUUGUAGUUGGAUGAGUUUAAGUUUUAAAGCUAUUACUACAUCAACUUUAAAACAGCCUAAAAUUUCUAAAUUUUUGUUUUUAUCAUUUCUGUUAGACUUUUCCCCACCGUCCAUUAGAAGACACCAUUUUUUUUUUUUCAAUGCCAAUAAGAUGAAGCUAAUCAUUUUCACUAAAUGGUAUUUUGGUCUUCAAAUGCAUAAAAAGUCUUUUCAUAGCUAUCCAUUGCAGAGAUUUCUAUAAAUAAUAGAAGUAAGCGAAGUGGCCAGUUAGGCAAAUGAAAUUUUUAUUAAAGAUAUAAAUUUUUUUUAUUUCAAUUUAUAUUUCAAUUUUUGUAUAGUGUAUCGCCAUGCCCCAAAGGUCUAAUAUACAAUGGGACUGGUGAAUUGUUAUCCUAUCAGCCAAUAUCUACCUCAUGUAGGGCAUCUGCAGAAACAGCAAGCAAUCUUUUCUUUCUUAGGGUCAUAGUAAAAAAAAUUGAUUUCCUAGUAAGAUGAUGUAAAUAAAAAAAUUUCGAAAUUCGAACAUUAAGGACUAAAACACAAACACUUAUUGCUACAAUAGUGAACAACGCAAAGCAUAUUAGUGGUGUGUCAAAACUUAUUAGGUUUGGCCCACACUAGGUUAUUUUUUUUUUUACUAGCAGAUUUAUUUCUGCUUGAGUAAUCUAAAAAAGAAUUAGAAUACUACACCCUUUUACUUUGAACCUUAGGUGCCCCAAUGAUACAUGUAAUACAUUGCACCCUUUUACUUUGAACCUUAGGUGCCCCAAUGAUACAUGUAAUACAUUGCACCCUUUUACUUUGAACCUUGGGUGCCCCAAUGAUACAUGUAAUACAUUGCACCCUUUUCUUGGUCUCCUGAUAGUGUAGAGCUAUUUCCUUUGUAGCCCAAGAAACCAGACUGCAACUGUUAUUUGUAGAUGUCUAAUGACUUUUCCUAUGUAAGCUUUUUUUUUUUUGUGUUCAUUAAACAUUAUAAACUACAAUAUAUUUUAUGUCUUUUUUUAUAUAACAAAAACAACAGAAUCAAAUUUUUAAUAUCUCAUUUAUAAGUAUUUUCAAUAUCUUUAAAUUGAAUUUUGUUUUGUUUCCAAAUACAUUUUUACUCAUUAUUUAAUUGCUUCUUUUAAAACAGUGAUGCCCAAAACAAUCAUAUCUGGGGGUCACCGCGCAGUUUAAUUUGACUCCUUAAAACCCCUGCCCACCUGGCAAGCUAAAGAGGAUUAGUAUCAUUGGACAGGACAAUAAUUUGUAGUCAAAGUGGCCUGUCACAUACAUGUGUGUGACAUGUGAAAAAAAAUGGGCACUACUGUUUUAAAAAGAAAUUGUUUACCUUGUAAUGAAACUUUGAAAAGCAUUGUGUAAAUAAGUCAUUAUGUUUUGGUCAAUGUUGUUGGAAAUUAUACUUACAAAAUGUUUAAUCCACUGUAGCCGAAGACUGGAGAUCUCAACUAGUCAGACUUGUGUUUAUGUUUCAUGUAGGAUUUUUUUUUUUUAAUUUGGUGUUUAUUUCUUUAUGAAGUAAUUGUUUGUUGAAUUGACGAAAUAACCCAAUACUGUCAAAUACCUUUGAUUGAGUUGAUUAUCUGCAUUUAUCAGUAGGUUAAGUGUGGGUCACAGACCCUUAUGUAGUACAGUAAUUUUCUACCAUUUCAUCUGUAAGCUCUACUUUGAAAGAAAAUAGUUUAAUUUUUAACUCUUUCUCUCCUAAUUGAUGAUACCAUCGUUGAUUUGACCUCAUUAAAUUAAAUUAAUGUUUUAUUUUUUAAACUUCAUUUUGUGUUAUACGUAUAAAAAGAGCAUGCAUUUCCCUUUAAUUCUAUACCAAAUAAAACAUUUUCUGAUAACAAACGACAAAGCUAUUGAAGCUUAAUCAUAACAGGGUAGUGAAAUAGUAAUGAGCAAAAUGAAGAAUUCUGUUGAAACAUGGAAAAAUAAUUGCGGAGAGAAAGAGUUAAACUGCAUGGCGUAUGUGAGUGCUGAAAAUGGUUUUGAUUCAUUGGUCAAACUUCCUGCCCAAUGAUGGCAUCCAGCAUGUUAAGUUCAAAUGUAAACUACCUCAGGUUUUAUUUUUUUUUUAUAAGAAUACAAGGCACAAUCAACUUGGGUUUUUUUAUAUUUUCUACUUUUGUGUGUAUAGUUGCUUUCAUCUGGGGCAAGUUUACAUGACAAGUUUUUUGUAAGUCCUUGCUAUUGUCACGUAUUGAUUGCUUAUUAGCAGUUUGUAUUUUUCUUUGUUUAUGUUGUUUGUUUUUUUUUAUACUUUACUGGCAGAUGUUGCAAAUCCUACAGAAGAAAUUUCUAACAAUAUUUAUAAAUUAGAAAAUAUGGUUGAAAACAUUUUUCCGUACUGUCUCACGUAUGGCUUAUGCAGUACACAUGUCUUUAGUUAUAGUUUGGGUUUAUUCAUUUCUGACAUGCCUCUUAGUCGACGUUUAUAAUUUGAAAAUUUAACAUUCAUAUUGUUACAUUUUUUAAUAGCUUUUUUUAUACAUUUUUUUCAAAGUCAGUUUUUGAACAUUGAUUUUUUGCGUUUAUAAUUUCCAUUAAAGGGUACAAUGAGGACUACAUCUAUUAGUUAACCAUAAACCAAUCCAUGCUAUUAGAGAAGCACUCCACCUUUGAUCCAUUCUGAGAUGUAGUUCUAAAUAUUGUUUUUUUCUACCUCUAGUAAAACAGGGUUACUGUAUUGAUUAUGUUUGACAAUACCAUUAGAGAUAACUGUUGAUGUUUUAUCUGUCAAUAUCAGUGUUUCCCAAACUUUGUCCAGCGGAACCCUAGUGUCGCGCGGGCCUGACUAGGGGUUCCACGAACUACUGGAAUAAUUAACUAGUAGGCCACCAAGCGAAUUAAUCUCUCUAACAAAAUAAACAAAGUUUUCUGCUAAAUAGCUCAGAAUGUGCGAAGUGUUCCCUUUAGGAAAAUGUUUGGGAAACACUGCUUUAUAUUCUGUUCAGUGGAGCAUACAACUGUUUACCUAUUGUUGAUGUAUGGAGCAACGUUGUAUUCAACCUUGCUUGUGCAAUAUCAGUAGGAGGGAAAAACUGUUUGUUGUUGUAUCAGUCGGUGUCAGCCUUGGAUAACAUUUUGAGACACAUCGUGUUGACCAGAACAAAAUCUCAGUCCAGUUGUUGACAUUUUUUUUUUUUACAAACUUUACUUCAAGCUAGUUGAUAAAUAUUUUUUUUAUCUGUCAUUGCUGGCAUAGUUAAUGCUAGUAGUGUGCCUAUCACAAUUCAAAGCUUUAAAUAAAAUUUCUGUUUAACACGAUGAUCAGGUAUUUGCAAUAUAUCCCAGAUGAAGGUACCUGUCCCUCUUUGUUGAAUUUAAUUUAUUUAAUUUUUUUUUAUGGCCAAAUCAAAUUAAGGAGACCCUUUAGCAGCGGCGUCACUAAAGGGGGGUGCGGGCCGCACCGAGUGACACCGACCCUCGUGACGCCACUACCCUUCAGCAUUAUAAAUUGAGAGAAAGAAUAAACUGAGGCAGCAUUUUAUAAAUAUAAAUUUUUCUAUAUUGUCAUGCGUUUGAUUACAUGUGUUAAGAGAAACAAUAGACUUGAGAGGCAAUAUAGCUUUUUGUUGAUUUUCUUUUUUUCCUGCAAUACUAUGUCUGUUGCAAUAUGAGUCCAUGCAUUGGAGAUGAAAUGACCAAAACAAAAUGUUUAAACAGAGAAAUGAAGAUGUUGGUUUUCAUUAAGUACAAUAUUUUUUGGAGGGCGAUAGGACAGAUAAAAUAAACGAAAAGCAGUUUGUAAAGUUAAGAUGUUAAAAAAUAUUGGUUCAUUAUAGUUUGAUUAAAAGUGAAAACACUGGAACACUAACAGAGUCUGUGUCCUCUUUUUUUUUUUUCAGGCGAUUUUUUUGUUUUCUGGAGUGUACAGAUACAAAAUCAUGUUUUUUUAAAAAAGAAUUACUUGAAAGUAGCUAAUUUUGUCUGUGAUAAAUUAAUUGAGUAAUUUUGUGUGUGUGUGUUCGGAAUAAUACCCUACCGUACCACCAGUUUUAGAAAGGAAUCUCAAAAAAAAAAAGCUCAAUUUAGAUAUGAACUUUAAAAAAAAAUGAAUUAAUAUAGGAAACUCUAAAAAUUCAAUUGAUGCAACAAUAAGAAUUAAUUGUCAUUUAAAUUUAUUUUUUUUCUAUGGUAUAAUUACAGGAUGAACAUAAGGAAAAAAUGCUUGCCAAAAGACUUGUUGAAUCUCUUUGACAUAUUUUGAAGGUCAUUUGUAGAAUGCAUGCUGGGAUAUGUUCAAUACCUUUAGCUCUCUAGUUUUCCUUCAUCUGUUUUAUAGAGCAUUAAGCGAGACAUAAAAAAAACCCACAUAAGUUAGUCAUAUCUCUGUAAAUCCAUACACAUUUAUUGUUACACAUUGAUUAGCACCACAUGGGACUGACUAAGUGAUGUUAAGUAUCUAAACCAAUUUUUAAAAAAUGUCUUUUCAUAUUUUUCUUUCUGGCAUUUUGUCCCAUCUGCCUGUUUUGUAUACUUUUGUGUUUGUUUGUGCUAUCAUACUUCAUAAGGUAUAAUUUUGUAUUAUUACACAUUUUUUUUUUAUUUAAAAGAUACCAUUGGAAAUGUUUGUUUAACUAGCUACCUCAGUAUAUACAUUUUGUGUUGCAUUAUGUUUGGAAAGUGGAACAAGAAGUAGCUUGAAGCUGAACACUGUUGACAAAUCUAAUGGACCUGAACUCCUGUAGUCUAGAACUCCAAAAGCAGCCACCCUUUAUCAUAGUCAUGGCAAACUUUUGUGGCCCAAGACAUGGGCUUGUUUAUAACAAAUCUAAAUGAACCAUUGACCUGAACUCCAGUGGUCUAGAACUCCAAAAGCAGCUACCCUUUUUCAUAGUCAAGGCAAACUUUUGUGGCCCAAGACAUUGAUCUGUUUAUAACAAAUCUAAAUGGACCAUGGACCAAGCAAUCUAAUGGACCUGAACUCCAGUAGUCUAGAACUCCAAAAGCAGCCAUCGGUCAAGGCAAACUUUUGUGGCCCGAGACUUUGGUCUGUUUGUUUAGAAUAAAAGGAUGGUCUGCCUAUGUCAUGUGGUAUGCGCUCUUGACUGUCGUCUAUAUGGCAGCGGGUUUGAACCCCCACCUGCCCCCAACCUCCACUGUCCUGCAGGAGAAUUACAGCUAGGAUGUAAUAAUCUUCAACUCUGAAGGAACAUCCAAAACUUGUAGAAGACACAAAACAAGCAAAACUGCUUACAAUGAAAAAAUAUUUUAACCACUACAGUUAUUGUCUAAGCCAGCGGUUCUCAACCUUUUAUGCUCGGCGACCCCUUUUUACAAUCCCCCCCUCCCCCGCACACACACAGCAAUUGAAGAAUAGACAAUAACAAUCCAUUUUUUCAAUGGUCUUUGGCGACCCCUGGCAAAUUGUCAAUCGACCCCCCCCCCCCCCCCCAAGGGGGUUGCGACACACAGGUUGAGAACCCCUGGUCUAACCUGUUCAUUAGUUAAGGAAAGUUAAGCCAGCUGUUUAUUGUGCUGGUGUAACAAUGCUUUAGUAAACCGAUGGGCCACAUAAGAGACCUAAUUUUUUUCUCUCACUAAAAUGUCUACAUUGUUGUUAAGUGUCUCAAAUUAUUUUAGUGGGAAAAAAACGACAACUUGAUUUUUCUAGGUUUUAAAUUCUUGCAUGAUAUAGUUCCACGGUGUGUCGCUCAUUAAAACUUGUUUGGUCAACAGUCUGGAAGGUUUUGUAUGUAGCUUUUUUUUGUACAUUAACUAGAGAAUUCUCAUUUUUGUGUUUGUUUUUUUAAUUUGUUUGUUUAUGUGUUGUUUUUUUUUUACAAAGUUUUUUUUUUUUUAAAUCACUCUACCUCUUUUGUUAUGUAAUAAUGCAGGGAUAUUGUACCUUUUUUGAAUUUUUUUCGUUUUAUAUCACCAAUGUUGAUAGUAUUUUUUUUUUUGUGUGUAUGUUGCAUUGAAAAAAAUAAAAAUAAAACAACACAAAAGCAAGUUCAGUAUUACCACACCACUUGAGCAGUGAGGUAUUUGUAUUCAAACUAACAGACUAGAAGAGUUUCACUUAGAACUGUCUGCAUGGGGAAACUUUCAAAUGCUGGUGCAGUGCAAGCAUAUUUAUAUAUAUAUAUUUUUUUUUUUGAAAUAAAAUCAGAAGUAAA